AUGGCUACUGCAUCUCGCAUUCAACCAUCCAUCUCUCGUAUCAAGGCCAAGCCAACAUCGACUUCCACCAGCACACCUUCAACAAUCGACGCUGUCUCUUCCACCAUCGCCGCAGCUCAAAAAGGAAACGAGAAAUCUACUUUUGCAGAUUUGAAUGUUUCACCCUGGUUGGUGUCUUCGCUCGCCAACAUGGCUAUCAAAAACCCCACUCGCAUUCAAUCAGCUGCCAUCCCUGAAAUUCUAGCUGGACGCGACUGUAUCGGUGGCAGCAGAACCGGUUCGGGAAAGACUGUUGCUUUUGCCGUGCCCAUCUUGCAACAAUGGGCCAAAGACCCCUUUGGUAUCUUUGGACUGGUGCUUACACCAACUAGAGAACUUGCUCUGCAGAUUUUCGAACAGUUCAAAGCUAUUGGCGCAGUACAGAAUUUGAAAGUCUGUUUGGUGACUGGAGGAGCGGAUAUGAGAGCUCAAGCUAUUGAGUUGGCGAGGAGACCGCAUGUUGUUAUUGCCACGCCUGGACGACUUGCAGAUCAUAUCAACAGCAGCGGAGAGGAAAGUAUUGCUGGAUUGCGAAGAGUCAAGUUUGUGGUCUUGGAUGAGGCGGAUAGGUUGUUGGCUUCUGGCAAGGGAAGUAUGUUGCCUGAUUUGGGGGUCUGUAUGGAGGUGUUGCCAGAGUCGAGUAAGAGGCAGACUUGUCUGUUUACUGCGACUGUUACGGCGGAAGUUAGAGCAUUGCAGGAUAAACCCAGGGCCAAAGGAAAACCUCCUGUGGCUGUCUGUGAGGUUGAUCUUGAUACCCUCGCCAUCCCAGACACUCUGCACCAAACCUACUGCCUCGUCAACGUCGUGCACAAGGAAAAGGUAAGACUGUCUAAUCUCCACCAUCUCUGCCUUCUUCUAAUACUGACCAACCCACAGUACCUCCACGUCCUCCUCCUCACAGACCAAAACGUCAAAAAACCAACCAUCAUCUUCGUCAACCGCACCUCGACAGCAAACCUGCUCGAACACUUACUCCGCAGCCUCGACCACCGCGUAACCUCCCUCCACUCCGGUCUCCAACAAUCAGACCGCACCAACAAUCUCGCCCGUUUCCGCGCCAACGCCGCUCGCAUCCUUGUUUGCACCGACAUCGCCGCCCGUGGUCUGGAUAUCCCCUCCGUGGCGUUAGUGAUUAACUACGACUUACCCCGUGACCCUGACGAUUACGUGCAUAGGGUCGGAAGAACGGCGAGAGCGGGGCGCAAAGGCACGUCUGUGAGUUUGGUGGGCCAGAGGGAUGUUGGGCUUGUGCAGGCGAUCGAGGAACGCGUGGGACGGCAGAUGGAAGAGUAUGUUGAGGAAGGCGUUAACGUGGAAAGUAGGGUUGUUAGGGAUGCUUUGAAUGUUGUGGGUGAUAAGAAGAGGGAGGCGCUUUUGGCCAUUGAGGAAGGAAGGGAUGUUAAGGGUAAGAGAAGGAAGGGUGGUAGGGGUGUUGGCAAGUAG